AUGGCAGCCUCGUUGUCUUCGUCGGUUACAUCGCUGCAGUCAUCGCUGCAGCUGCUGGAUAAUUCAAUAACCACCCUCGACUCGGGCGUGAGCGACUUUCCUCGCCUUUGUAAGGUCCUUUCUACAACGCGACAUUUUGAGCUACUACCAGAGCCAACACUGCGUGAGGCACAACAAUCUCUUCUUGAUGAGAUCACCCCCAGCAUCGCCCAUCUUCUCACACUAUCAUCAAACCACGUCGAAAAGCUCGCACGCCGUGAGGAAAGCUUAAAAGCAAAAUGCGAUCUUCAAGAAGGAAGACUCUCAUCUAAUGCAGAGAGCCGCCCAUCUGCUCCUCGCAGUCAACCCCAGAGCAGCGCAUUGCGGGGUCGCAUGGCGGGGUCUAGCGCUGGCUCAUCGGGCAGCGCAGCAGCCAAAGCCGCAGAAUACAAGAGACUCGUACAGAAGAAAGAGCGACUCAAGUUUGCGGUUGACCGAUUGGAGCUACAAACCCAGCAGAAGCAACGACAGUUGAGAAAGAGUAUGGCCGCACAGUGA